AUGUCCCCCCCCUACAAAUUCACCUUCUCGCCCUCUCUCUCCCCCCUCACCCUCCAAACCCCCCAAACCCUGUCCUCCAAAUCCGUCCCCUCCAUCGCCCACCUCAUGACCAGCGUCCUCGUCCUCCGCCAGCAAAAACAACCCCUGUCCCCUCCUCAGAUCCUCCUCCUGCGCCGCUCCCCCGCAGAUUCCUACGGCCUCAAGUGGGAAGCCCCCGGCGGCUCAGCCGACCUCACCGACGCGUCAAUCCUGUCCGCCGCCGCGCGCGAGCUCUUUGAGGAAUCCGCCCUCGGGGAGAGCCAUUUCCACGCCGUGCUGGGCAUGACGAAGCAAAAAGCCGAAGAGCUGUUUUCUUCGUCGACGGCGGAGGAGAAGAGGCCUGAAAAUUGGGGCAUUGAUCCUGAGGAUGAGCAGGCAGAGGACAUAGAGGUGCAUGUCUCGGAGGAGAUGAAGAUUCUGUUUACGACGUUUCACGAACCGGAUGGCAUUUGGGGGAAAGUCAAUUUCCUCGCUACUGUGGCGGAGGAUGCGCAGGUCGAGAUUGAUCUGGAGGAGCAUGUCGAGUGGGGGUGGUUCACGGAGGAGGAGGUCCGGACGGGACGGGCCUUGAGGUCGAGUGUCAUUACCGAAACGAUUUUCCCGGACGAGGAGCUUUCUGAUGGGGGGAAGAGGGUAAUGGAGUUUACGAGCCAGGCUGUUUGGGGAUCUCUUUUGGAGGCUUUUAGUGUGGGGAGGGAGCUGGGCAUUAUUGUGUAA